AUGUCUGGGUCUCGCCGGGGUCCGCGCGGGCACGGAUGUCGUCGGAGAUCUGGGGCGCAGGGCGCGGGCGCGGAGGCGAAGGUCCCAGAGCGCGGGCUCGGCCGGCCGCCGCCCUCGCGGCCACUGCGCGCCCUCAUGGCGCCCGGGCGCCCCGCUCGCGCGGGGAGGCGCCUCGCGAGGUCGCCGCUCGCCGCCGCCGCCGGGGAGCGCCGCCGCCUGCCCGCCGGCGGCUGGGGCGGCGCCGCGGCCGCGGCCCUGCCGCUGCUGGCGCACUGGGCGCCCCCGGCGCGCCGAGCAUUCCUGGGCACCCCGUCGCCGCGGCCGCGGCCGCGGCUUCUGGCGGCGGGCCUGUGCGCGCCCUUGCUGGCGGGCCCCGCGCGGCAGGCCGAGGCUGUCGGGCCGCGCCCGCCGCCCGCGGAGGGCGGGCCGCUGCUGGACUUCCUGCUGGUGGUGGCCGGGCUCAUGUGGCUGGCCAUGCUGGUGAGCAUCUACUUCCAGAUAGUCACCGGCGGGCCCGGCGAGGAGCAGCUGCUCAUCGCCCCGGACCCGCCCCGGCGUCGGCCGCGGCCGCGCGCGGCCCGGCCGCACAAUUGA